AUGACAGCGAAUAUGCUAGCAGAAGCAACUUGCUCUAGCAACACCGAUCCUGUCGAAGAUCCGCCUAACCCAGAACCCGAGCCAGAUAGCCUCGAAGAUGCACUCUACGAUGACAAUAACGCUCUGGUGGCAAUGCGCCUUCCUGGCCUUGCGGAUGAAUACCGCAAACAUAUUGAAUCAGAAAAAGAGGAAAUAGAGGAGACGAUUCAGAAUCUUCUUGGUGUGCGUUGGUGUCGUGUCAUGACAUCGCAAUUGUGGAAAUCGGGAAGCUUCAAUCUAGCCAUCCCAAUCUACCUACCACAAGAUCGGACAAUGUAUUUACGAUUGCCAUUUCCAUACCGAUUAGGGGAGUCACAGUGCCCAGGAAAUGUCGAAGAGAAGCUUCGUACAGAGAUAGCGACUUAUUCCUGGAUUUCCAAAAAUUGCGCCGAUGUGCCGAUCCCGACCUUACAUGCCUUUGGACUGCCUGAUGGAUCUACGUAUACACGGCCGGAUGAUUCUCCCUUCAUUGAGAGAGUCUGGUCAUACGUUCAACACAUCAAGCGACGUCUCUUCGGACAACCUGCCGCAAUUUCGCACAUUAGGCGACGUGUCCGUCACUCCCUGGACUACGGUUUCCUUCUACUUAGCAAAGCUCGCGGCAAGAGUCUAGCAUUUUCCUGGGGCAAACACUGCCAAGAAAAAGCUUAUCGUGAAAACUUGUUCCGGAGUCUUGCGCGAAUAUCACUUUCUCUGCAUUCUAUCCCCUUCAACCGCAUCGGGGCUUUAAGCCUUCAGCCAAAUAUGAGCAUUGCGAUGACGAAUCGACCUCUUCAUCUUUACUUUCAUAUGCUAGAAAAUGAAGGUAUACCUUCUGGGAUUCCCCGUGAUCGCACAUAUGCCGAGACGGAGGCGUACAUUUCGGAUCUUAUCACCGUCCAGGACAAUAAACUACGACAUCAGCCCAACGCUAUACAUGAUGUGACGGAUUGUCGGAAGCAGUUGGCUGCCCUCACCGCAUUGCGGGCGGUGAUGCACCAUUUUAUCAAGCCCGAACUUCGAGACGGGCCUUUCUUUUACACAUUGACCGAUUUACAUCCAAGCAACAUCUUUGUUGACGAACACUGGAACGUGGUAGACAUAAUUGAUUUAGAAUGGGCCCAUUCCAUGCCGCUUCAGAUGCAAAGGCCCCCUUUUUGGUUGACAUCAAGAGGAGUAGACGGGUUCGAUAACGAUGCGGCACUCAGUGAAUACGCGACGGUGCUUGACGAGUACUUUCAAACGUACGAAACUGAGGAGCGGCGCCGCAACCGUACAGACUUUCAGACAUCUGUAUACCGCGAUAUGUGGCACAGAGGUAGCUUUUGGUACUUUCAUGCAGCCGCCAUACCGGCAGCAAUGUACGGCUUGUUUAACAAACGAAUCCAGCCCCUGUUCAACAAAGAGCACGCAAGAUCCACAGCUGUUGACGAUGUUUUGCAUUAUUACUGGGGCCAAGGGCUGGAUAGCUUUACUGCAAGAAAGCUAGCAGACAAGGAGCAGUAUUUAGUCAAUGUACGAGAGCAGUACCGUGCUCUAUCGGGAGGAAAGAAACGCGGCUAA